CAUGGACAUUCCCAGCAUCCCCUAUGAGAGGCGUCUUCUCAUCAUGGCGGACCCGAGAGAUAAGGCUCUUCAGGACUACCGUAAAAAACUGCUUGAGCACAAGGAGAUCGAUGGGCGUCUCAAAGAGUUAAGAGAACAAUUGAAAGAGCUUACCAAGCAAUAUGAAAAGUCUGAAAAUGAUCUGAAGGCCUUACAAAGUGUUGGGCAGAUUGUGGGUGAAGUACUUAAACAAUUAACAGAAGAAAAAUUCAUUGUUAAAGCAACAAACGGACCGAGAUAUGUUGUGGGUUGUCGGCGUCAGCUUGACAAAAGUAAGCUGAAACCAGGGACAAGAGUUGCUUUGGAUAUGACUACACUAACUAUCAUGAGAUACUUGCCAAGAGAAGUUGAUCCACUGGUUUACAACAUGUCUCAUGAAGACCCUGGGAAUGUUUCUUAUUCUGAGAUUGGAGGGCUAUCUGAACAAAUCAGAGAAUUGAGAGAGGUAAUAGAAUUACCCCUUACAAACCCUGAGUUAUUCCAGCGAGUAGGAAUAAUACCUCCAAAAGGUUGUUUGUUAUAUGGACCACCAGGAACAGGAAAAACACUUUUGGCAAGAGCUGUUGCUAGCCAGCUGGAUUGCAAUUUUUUAAAGGUUGUAUCCAGUUCCAUUGUAGACAAGUACAUUGGUGAAAGUGCUCGUUUGAUCAGAGAAAUGUUCAAUUAUGCCAGGGAUCACCAGCCAUGCAUCAUUUUUAUGGAUGAAAUUGAUGCUAUUGGUGGCCGUCGUUUUUCUGAGGGUACUUCAGCUGAUAGAGAAAUUCAGAGAACCCUAAUGGAGUUACUAAAUCAGAUGGAUGGAUUUGAUACUUUACACAGAGUAAAAAUGAUCAUGGCUACAAACAGACCAGACACAUUGGAUCCUGCUUUAUUGCGUCCGGGAAGAUUAGAUAGAAAAAUACAUAUUGAUUUACCAAAUGAACAAGCAAGAUUAGAUAUACUCAAGAUUCAUGCAGGUCCUAUCACAAAACAUGGUGAAAUAGAUUAUGAAGCAAUUGUGAAGCUCUCAGAUGGCUUUAAUGGAGCAGAUCUGAGAAAUGUUUGCACUGAAGCAGGUAUGUUUGCAAUUCGUGCUGAUCAUGAUUUUGUAGUACAGGAAGAUUUCAUGAAAGCAGUAAGAAAAGUGGCUGAUUCUAAGAAGUUGGAAUCUAAACUUGACUAUAAACCUGUCUAAGUUAUAAUUCUUAAAAGACGUUAGCAUAUAUAAAAAUAAAGUUGAGGAAAAUAAUGUAUGUAUUGGAUAUUAUCUCAUUAAAAGCAUAUUACAUAUAAAGUAAUAGUUCAUUAACUAUGUACAAUAGUGGUGCAAAAGAUGAUAGAUUUGUCAAUGUUGCAUUGCAGCAAAUUAAAUGAAAUGAGAUGAACAAGGAUUUUCAAAAUUGUUACUUUGUGAGCAAUUUUUAAAAUAUUGAAAUGAUUUGAGGUUUCAAUUUUUUAAAAGUGACAUUUUAUAUUAUUUUACUUGUUUUUUUCAUCCCAAAGAAUUGAAUAAAAUUUGUUUAAUUCAGUCCUCUUAGCACAAUAACCUUGGCCAAGAGAACAUUUGUCAUGAUUGUUUGGGAUCUUUGGUAAGUUUUAUAUAUGGCAGUCCAAAUCAGUGUCCCUUGAAUUUGAGAUAUUUAAAAGUUGGUUUUAAAAUAAAACCUUUCAGUGA